AAUAUAUUAUUGAUCAAACUUUUCUGUCAGUGCUGACAAAUUCAAUGAGAUUGUAGUUAAUACAAAAAUGCCUAUUGUAGUGAAAGAAUUUAAAUGGAGACAAUCCGAAAACAUUAUAACUGUUAUUAUGCCGUCACAUGGAAUUCAUCCUUCCAAAGUAGAUAUAUUUUAUUCUGAGAGAUACAUUAAAGCUAACUACGCACAGUAUUUCUUCGAAGUAAUUUUAUUGCGGCCUAUAGAUGUGAAACAGAGUAAAUGUACAAUCACAUCUACAGAAAUAGUUCUUGAAUUAUGGAAACUCGAGAAAGAAGAUUGGCCAACACUAGAACCGCAACUAGACAAAAAGGAGAAAUUGCAGUUGAAACUGCAACUAAUUGAAAAGACUCAUGAAAAAAUCCAAAGUGAAAAUAAGGAAUGGGAUAACAAAAAAUCAGAACUCAAAAGAUUAGCUGUGUCCCAGCAGAUGAAAAUCGAAUCCGAAAUUAAGGAAAAAAUUGAAAAUAUAAAAACAGCAGAACAGCAACAAGCUCUGGGUGAUGUCAAAAAUUGGCAAAAAAAUUUGAACGAAAAAACUAAGAAACUACUAAGAAAAAGAAAGAAGAAAUUUGAAAAAUAUUUAUCAACGCGUCCUUCCGAAAUUGACAUUUUCGAAGAAAAAGAAUUCGAUGUCCCUCAGCCAAGGGUUUCACAACAACUUGAUGUAGAUUUCACACCAAGAAUUUUCCCUACCCCUAUGCGAGAAUCGAAAACUGACGAAGAAAAUGAAUGGCUAAGGAAACAAGCCGUGGCCAGAAGAUCUGUAGGAUUCAUAAGUGAAGAUUUAAGACCAGAGGAAAAAAAUCCACAAUAUUUAUUGAAAAAAGGAGAUGAUUUUAUGUCAACUCAAAAUUAUUUGGGAGCGAUAAGCGCUUAUACUUUCGGUAUAUCUUUGAGUGAUAAAUAUGUGGAUUUGUACAUAGCAAGAUCCAAAGCCCACUAUAUGCAAGGAAACUACCAAAAAACUGCCCGUGACUGCAGUACUGCUCUUGAACUAUUGGUACCAAAAAUCGAAGCAAAUCUCAAACAACGCGCAGACUGUAUUGGAAGGAGAGGUAUGGCUUUGUGCAAAUUGAAAAUGCUAUCGAAGGGUAUUGGGGAAUUGGAAGCGAGCUUGAAAUUGAUGAAAAAUGAAGAAUAUGAAACAUUUUUAAAAGAGGCUGAAACAGAGUGGAUGAAUAAUAGUGAUUCCGAAUGAAGCAUAAAAUAAAUUUCUCUAUAGAAAGUUUUAAUCUGAUCCUUACUGAGUUGUAUGCUUCCUUUUAGUUUCAGUUGAAGGAAGGAUUUCAUUGAAAAUUGCGAUACCUAGGUCAGAAUUGUAUUGCGAGCAUGGAAACUCAAUUUAUCGAACACUGUUGAUUUAGUUCUGAACAAGUUUGGAUCUUUGUUUCAAAAUACAAAGUAUAUAUAAAACUAGAAUAUUUGGUAGUAAUAAAGUCAAGCAAAUUAGGAUUUUUAUUACAUUUUUUGAAGUAAAUUUUACUUGUAAUUUCCAAAAUAAAUAUAUAACAGUA